AUGCUUCUUACCAAGGACACCAUCCUGAUUACUCUGAUAUACGGCAUCUACUACAUGAAUUUCAGCUGCCUACAAGCUUCUCUAUCGACGCUUUUUAUCCAAAUUUACAACCUAUCAGAGCUUGAAGCUGGACUAGUAUACUUGCCAUUUGGCGUGGGGUCUUGCGUCGGCGCGUACUGUUCGGGUACCAUUAUGAAUCGCGAUUACCGCGCCACCGCACGCGAUUAUGCUAUUACGAUUGACUCUAUAAGAGGUGAUAAUCUGGCAGACUUUCCCAUCGAGAAGGCAAGGUUCAGGAGUGUUUGGUAUUGGAUUAUCGCUACUGCAGUCUGUACAACGGGCUAUGGAUGGGCUUUGCAUUCCAGAACACACAUGGCUGUCGCUCUUAUACUUCAAUUCGUUAUAGGCGGUGCAAUAGCCAUCACUUUCAAUAUGUGUGGUACUCUUCUCAUAGAUAUACAUCCAAAGUCUCCUGCAGCCGCUCAAGCUGCCAACAACAUAGUUCGAUGUUUAUUAGCGGGUCUUGGUCUAGCUGUUCUUGAUCUGAUAUUGAAAAGUAUCGGUGUUGGUUGGACAUUUACGCUUUUAGGUGGCGUAAGCGCCGCAUGUCUUGGGAUUGCGUGGCUUGAAUGGACAUUUGGUAAAAGGUGGAGGGACGAGCUGAGAGAAAAGGGCAUUGUGCGUUGA